CCGCUCAACGCCCUUCCGUCCAGGCCCAAGAGACCCUCUCAUGAGACGUCCAACCUCUGCCUGUGACCCGUCGUAGGCGCAUUGCCGGGCACCAGUGAGCCCAUCCGCGCCCAUCUUUAUCUUCCUCGGCGUGAUGGAUUGUGAUGAAGAUACGCGAACACGUUGAGGGGGCGUGUAGGCCGCCGCCUCCUCAUGUCCGGCCGCUUUCGUCACUGCACAAAAGGCUGUCCGCAGUCCUGACCCCUUGCCCCUCCCGCCUCCCGCCAUGAUCAUCUCGCCCGCGACGCCAUCCAUGGGUAUGCGCAUGAGUCCGUCCGCCUACGCGCCAUCGCCGGCGCCCACCUACAUCCGCCAGCUCGAUGGGGGCAACACACUACCUUUCCGUGCCCCGAGUGGAUCGGAGUUCCAGGUCGAGCGCCCCCAGCGACAUUCGCGUCGCUCAAUGGCGCCGCAGGAGCCCGUUCCACAAUUCGGGCAGGACGAUGGCGUUUUCCGGGAAGACAUCUCGGCGCUGCUCGCUGCGAAGUCGCGGCCUUUCAGUGUAUCUGGCCGUAUACCCAUCGAUCCCGUGCAGAUGCAGCUCUUUUUCCGGUCUGCAAGCGGGAUCACCCACUCCCUCGACUUCCCGAUCGACGUCGACUACGACUCUCCGCCCGCCCUUGACGUCCUCAUCGCCGCAUGUCGACCCCAUCAAACGUCCGAUCUCGAUGACUACACCGACUACGAAUCCCUCUUCUACCCUCCCAACCUCCCGCUCACCACCUCUCUCGAGAUCGCUAAUCACCCCAUCCUCGAGGCGCUCCGCACCACGCUCUUCCCCUCCCUCUCCGCCGGCCAGUACCUUACCGCCGUCCGCGACAAGCUCGAAGUGAUCGUGAGCCAGGGCCGCAUGGGCCUCCAGCCGUGCUCCCUGCGCAACGAUGGGCGCGUCGCCACGAUCGCGGUCACGCUCCCGGUGCGCUUCCGCGGCGGUGCGCUCAUCGUGCGCAGCGCGGACGGGACGGAGGAGCGCUACCACGGGCGCGGCGGGAAGAGCGGCGACCUCGAGUGGGUCGCGUUCCUGUCCGACUGCGAGUACCAGGUCGAGACCGUGGCGAAGGGCUGCCGCGUGUCGCUCACGUACGGCGUGUACCUCAAGACGUUUGGCCCGUCGGGGCCGGACCCGCUCAUCCACCCGAGCGACAAGUUCCUCGACCUGCUCGCGCCAGUGCUGAACGCGGCGCGCGGCCGCCAGAUCGCGGUCUACCUCUCGAACGACUACGACGUCAACCCGGCGCAGGCGCUGGCGGAGUCGCUCGUGCCAAAUCUCAAGGGCGGCGACUCGCUGCUCUACCACGCGCUCAAGCUCUACAAGCUCACCCCCGAGCUGCACUGGGCCGCGGGCUCCGUCAUCUGGCCCAUCGACCGCAGCGUCGAGAUCGCCGAGGAGGACCCCGCCAUGAAGUCCCGCAACCGCCAGACGUUCAACCCAAAUCGGACCCCGGCCCUCCGCGGCGCCUUCAGCGUCUACGGCGGCGAAGACGACACCGACUCCCUCCGCAUGCGCAUCGAGGAGAGCGGCGCGCUGCCCAUCGCCGAGUCCGACAUCAUGAUCCUCAGCGAGUGGGACUCGGUCCCGCCGGUCAUCGGCAGGCAGCGCGUGCCCGUCGUCUCGAACGGCGAGCUGCAGAUGCUCGUCGUGAACGUGCUGAUGGUCGCGUUCGUCCCCUGAAUGAAUGUAUGGCUGCAAGACUGCUUUUUCGCGAACCGUUCAUCUGUACUAAUAGCUAUAGCACUGUACACAUACAUACGCACGAGGCACCUACACUGGAGAUACGGGUUUCACCUUCAAUUUAUUCUGGAUUUUUAUGAACGACUGCUCAAGAUUUCUGAGCAUCCCG